CGCCUGGAAAGCGCUUGUCAGACGGCCUCGGGUACUAUACAUCGUUUGGUUGAAGCUCGGACACAAUCCAUGAAACAAGUCGCUUCGCUGAGCACAGUGGUAAAUAAAGCGAUCCAUGGAAUUCAAUCUCUCCUCGAACGAGUUGAGGGUUUGGAAAAACUCGAAUUUGAACGGAUUCAGAAUGACUGGUCAGCUCAGACCAAACAGUUACAGUCUAUGAUUGUCAAACUGUCCGAUGAACGAGAUCAACUUCAAUCCCGACUACAUCAUCAACUGGAUUUAGCCGAACGCUUGCAAAAGGAGAACCUCGCCUUGUCUGAUCUGUUGACGGGCGCUGAACAGUUCAACCGGACUCGUAUCACAUGCCAAUAUCCGAACAGAAAAACUCACUUCGAUAGCGAUUUUGAUAAAAGACGAAGCGUUGAAGUUCAAGUCGAUCCUUGGCCUUCAGAUAAGCAAUUCAAAUUUCCUGGACCCUUAGCCGUGCGAAAAUCGUUACCCAAUCUAACUAAAUCAUCGUGCACUGUAUCACGUGCCUAUGUGAUGGAAACGCCGACUGAUUCACAAACUUCCUCGGUACGUUUUCAUCCCCUGUCACCCGCGUCUGAAAACACAAGUACGAGUGGGACUGUGAUCAGUACGAUCGAACGUGUGCACCCAAAUCCCAGUCCGGAUGUGGAUCGGACAUUGGUACCCUCGAUCGAUUCGAAACGUUCGUCCGUGGAAUUUCGCACGAAAUUCGAAAUUCCUGUUAAUCAAUCUCCCAUUCCAUUACGUAAUGAUAUUCAACCCAAUGCCAAUGGGGAUUCUUUCGAUGGUCUGAGUUCCGUGACAAGCCCAUCAGAAUAUGCGAAUUUCGCUUUGGUCGAUUCUCGCGACCAGUCUGUGACCAAAUCAUCCACCCGGACCGAUCGAUAUGGUUUGAGAACACGAGCCUUGGGUUCUCCAAGUGUUGCACAACCGUUGGGAAUUCGUCGGAGCCGAUCCGUGCACAUUCGGUUUCCCGUGCCCGAGAACUCGCUGUACAAGCUCACGGAUGAUGCACGGAAAUCCGCAGUCGAGACAGGACCGUAUGAGAAUCAGGACGCAUUUCUGCCUGCUGCAGACCCCAUUCUUCCCCAGGCAUGUUCCACUGUGCGCUUUAUACAGAAUCGUUCCCUCGCUCCGAGUGAAACAGCUGACUACGAGAACGUCAGUGUUGAGGAUACCAGCGUAUGCGAUCUGGCCGCCAAAUUUCUAGCAGAAGAACAGAAAUAUUCCUGUCAACUGGAACAGAAAAUUGAUGCACAUCUAGAGGUGCUCAAAAAUCAGUUUGGCAUGAACAAGUGA